CCUUCUCCGAUUCCCUGUCAGAUGUGUGCGACAGCAUGCCGCGGUUCCGGGCUCCCGGCUGGUGGAACUACACCCUGCUCCGGUUAGAAGACCACGACAGGGUGCUGUACGUGGGGGCGAGGGAAGCCAUCUUCGCCCUGGACCCCAGCGACAUCAGCAGGCAGCUGAGAGCGCCGGUUGAGUGGCAAGCACCGCCAGAGAAAAAGCGGGAGUGUGUUUCCAAGGGCAAGAGCAACCAGACCGAGUGCUUCAACUACAUCCGCUUCCUGCAGAGCUACAACCAAACGCACCUCUACAGCUGUGGCACCUAUGCCUUCCAGCCCAAGUGUACCUACAUUAACACAGAAGGCUUCACACUUAACAGCGCCGCCCUGGAGGAUGGCAAGGGCAAGUGCCCUUAUGACCCAGCCAAAGGACACACAGGGCUGAUAGUCGACAAGGAGCUGUACUCAGCCACACUCAACACCUUCCUGGGCACGGAGCCAGUCAUACUGAGGAGCCUGGGACAGCAGCACUACACCAUGAAGAGCGAGCACCUGCCAACCUGGCUCAAUGAGCCGGACUUUGUGGCCUCGGCCCUGGUGGAGGAGAGCAGAGGGAGCCCCGAGGGAGAUGACGACAAGAUCUAUUUCUUCUUCAGCGAGCGGGCCCAGGAGCUGGACUGUGACAGCGAGCUGACGGUGGCCCGUGUGGCUCGAAUUUGCAAGGGGGACGUCGGUGGCACUAGGACUCUACAGAAGAAGUGGACCACGUUCCAGAAGGCGCGGCUGAUGUGCUCCCUCCCCGAGCGGCACGUCACCUUCAACAACCUGCGCACCGUCUAUACUGUGAGCCAGCCUGACUGGAGGAACACAGCCUUCUACGGCAUCUUCCACGCGCAGUGGGGCGACGUGGACGUGUCGGUGGUUUGCCAGUACCGAAUUGCCGACGUUAGGAAGGUGUUCGAGGGGGCCUACAAGGAGCUGAGGGAGCCGUCGCAGCGGUGGGGCCGCUACACAGGGGCCGUGCCGAGCCCACGGCCGGGCGCGUGCAUUACCCGCUGGCACCGGGAGAAUGGCUACAACAGCUCUCUGCAGCUGCCAGACGCCACCCUCAGCUUCGCCAAGAAGCACCCGCUGAUGGAGGAGCAGGCUCAGGCACGCCCCCUGCUGCUCACCAAGGGCAUAAACUUCACACAGCUGGCUGUAGACCAGGUCAUCGCUCUGGACCAGAGGGUGUACAGCGUGCUGUUUAUUGGCACAGCUCACGGCUGGCUGCAGAGGGCGGUUAUCCUGGGCUCUGAGGCCCAUGUCAUUGAGGAAAUCCAGCUUUUUGAAUCUCCACAGCCUGUGGACAGCCUCACAAUAUCACACUUGACGAAAUCCCUCUAUGUUGGCUCCAGAACAGAAGUUCUUCAGCUCCCUCUGGCCAACUGCAGUCGCUAUCAGUCUAGCCCAGACUGCCUUUUGUCCCGCGACCCCUACUGUGCCUGGGACAACGAGGGGCGGACCUGCGUCCGCGUGGACCAGCAUCGCGGGUCCACUUCAACACUUAUACAGGACCUCCUGCUGGACAGGUUCAGCCGGGGCAAUGCCAAGUUUGAAAAGCCAGUUUCCAUUCCCAGCCCAGAACACUCGGUGCUACGGAACGUCACCGUGGUGGUGGGAUCUGACCUGGUGCUGCCCUGCCAGCUGGUGUCCAAUCUGGCGCAGCCAUCCUGGCUGCUGAACGAGCGGGAGCUGGUGCUGAGCCCCGAGGGGGCCGUGGGGGCCCGCUUCGACAGGGCCCUGCGUGCUCUGGUCAUCCCCGAUGCUGGGCCCAUGCAGGCGGGCCGCUACACCUGCUACUCGGAGGAGCAGGGCGUACGCUUCCAGACAGAGCGCUUCCAGGUGACGGUGGUGGCCAGCGCCCCUGUGGUCAUGAAGGCGCGGGCCCCCGACGCCAGCAUGGGGCUCUUCUGGGUGCUGGUCAUCACUCUGGGGGCCGCCUGCCUGCUGCUGAUGGGCGUGGCCCUGUACCUGCGGCGGCGCCUCAAGCUGGCCCUGGGCAAGGGCGCCGAGAUGAAGCCCCUGGAGAGCACGCUGGUCUACCCCAUCACCCUGCCCAAGGAACCGCCCACCUUCGUGCCCAGCAAGAUGUCCGGCGACGAGGAUCGCUUCUGGGAGACAGGGGGCAACUAUUACUACUCGGACGGCUCGCUGAAGAUCGUACCCGGCCACGCGCUGUGCCCCGGGGGCAGCUCGGCCCCCCCCAGCACCAUCCCCGGGCAGCCCAUUCACUCACCGAGCCGACUGAGCCUCACUAACAUCCGCGGCUCUGGCAGCAACGGAUACAUCCGGCUCAACAUGAGCGCGGCCGGAGAGGAGCGGGCCGGCGGGGGCGGGGCGGGGGGCGGAGGGCUGGGCGCCGGGGGCAGCCUGGGGAAUGACUACACAAGCCCCUUCAAGGAGGAGCUGCUCCGCACCCUACAGCAGAGGAGCGUGCUGCCGGACGCCAACCCCGAGGAGUCCUCCGUGUAGCCGAGCGCGGGACCGAGACCAGCGGUGACGGCAGUGGUUCGAUUCAGCUACCUCCCUCCCUGUGCAGAAUCCUCUCUCUCGAUAUGGCCCCCUCUUACCAGACCCAGUGCUGCUCUCUCUCAUCUGAUCCCC